AUGGCUUCAGUCGCUCCUCCUGUCUUCAAGCCAUUCACCCUCACGCUUAUACAGCUUGGUUCCAUUGGUUCUGACAAAGCAGCCAAUCUUCAACAUGCUCGCGAGAUGAUCAUGAAGGCAGCAAAGGACAAUUCAGACACGAAGCCUCAGGUUGUCGUACUGCCGGAAUGUUUCAACUCACCGUACGGCUUUGUUCACUUUCCUGCCUAUGCUGAGAACAUUGGCUACACUGCUGGCAAGGAAUAUGAUAUUCAAGCGAGUGUAAGCGAAAGUGUUAAAAUGUUGUCUUCUGCUGCGAAGGAGGCGGGAAUCUGGCUCAUCGGAGGUUCGAUACCCGAAAGAGAUGCGGAGACGAACAAUAUCUACAACACCUGCACUGUGUAUUCUCCGACAGGUGCACUUGUUGCAUCACAUCGCAAGGUUCACCUAUUUGACAUCGAUAUCCCUGGGAAGAUAACAUUCAAGGAAAGCGAGACGUUGACCGGAGGAACGACGACGAACUAUUUCGACACCGAUUUUGCACGUAUUGGCCUCGGUUUAUGCUACGACGUCAGGUUCCCAGAACUAGCGAUGAUUGCGGCGCGGCGAGGAUGUCAUGCCGUGGUUUAUCCUGGGGCAUUUAACCUCACCACUGGGCCUUUGCAUUGGGAACUCCUUCAACGAGCUCGGGCCGUUGAUAACCAAAUUUUCUUUUCCAUGUGCAGUCCAGCGCGGGAUAUGACUGCCGGGUACCAUGCAUGGGGGCACUCGAUGGUCGUUGACCCAUAUGCCCGUGUGCUCGCCGAGGCUGAUGAAAACGAGACAAUCCUGCAUGUCGAUAUCGAUCCUGAACCAUUUAAGGAGGUAAGAGCUGGAAUACCGGUCACAAAACAACGUCGCUUUGAUGUCUAUCCCGACGUGAGCGCUUGA